GCUCUUGAGGAGCAGGACCACAGAACUCCUUGACUAUAGAGAAGAUUCGGACUUGGAGGAACCAUGGAGCAGGAUUCACCGAUCCAUGCGCCAACACAAGUGACCAUCAGCAACCCUGCAGACAUUUCGGUCAUCUGCUGCUAUUUCUUGGCGGUCAUCGGAGUUGGGCUAUGGUCCAUGUGCCGUACCAACCGAGGUACCGUCGGGGGAUAUUUUUUGGCUGGUAGGAACAUGAUAUGGUGGCCGAUCGGGGCAUCUCUCUUUGCUAGCAACAUCGGCAGCGGGCACUUUGUGGGUUUGGCAGGCACUGCAGCAGCUAAUGGCUUGGCCGUGGCAGGAUUUGAAUGGAAUGCUCUCUUCAUUGUUCUCCUCCUUGGAUGGCUCUUCGUCCCAGUCUACCUCACAGCUGGGGUCAUCACAAUGCCGCAAUAUCUGAAGAAGCGCUUUGGAGGUCAGCGCAUUCGUCUCUACCUCUCCAUCCUCUCUCUUUUCAUGUAUAUCUUCACCAAAAUUUCAGUGGACAUGUUCUCUGGUGCCGUGUUCAUCCAACAAGCUUUGGGCUGGAAUAUUUAUGUGGCUGUCAUUGCCCUCCUGAUCAUAACCACCAUUUACACCGUGACAGGUGGGUUGGCAGCGCUCAUGUACACAGACACAGUCCAGACAUUUGUCAUGGUCAGUGGAGCUUUCGUUCUCAUGGGAUUUGCCUUUAAUGAAGUGGGAGGGUAUCAAGGAGUGUUCGACAAAUACAUGGAGGCCCUUCCCAGGCAGAGGUUAUCUCCAGCUCCCGACCUGUACAACAUCUCAGCCUCCUGCUAUCAGCCCCGGGAGGACUCUUUCCACAUGAUCAGAGAUGCUGUGACUAGCGACAUGCCUUGGCCGGCUGUGAUCCUUGGCCUUACCAUCAACUCUAUCUGGUACUGGUGCAGCGAUCAGGUCAUAGUGCAGAGGUGCCUGGCUGGCAAGAACCUGACCCAUGUCAAAGCCGGAUGCAUCCUUUGUGGCUACCUCAAGCUGCUGCCCAUGUUUCUCAUGAUUAUGCCUGGCAUGAUCAGCCGGAUUUUGUAUCCAGAUGAUGUGGCCUGUGUCAUCCCAGAGGAAUGCAUGAGGAUAUGUGGCACAGAGGUUGGGUGUUCCAAUAUCGCCUACCCCAAACUGGUGGUAGCCCUCAUGCCGAAUGGACUCCGGGGCCUCAUGCUGGCCGUGAUGCUGGCCGCAUUGAUGAGUUCCCUGGCUUCCAUCUUCAACAGCAGCGGCACCCUCUUCACCAUGGACAUCUACAACCGCCUGAGGCCGCAAGCCCAUGACAAGGAGCUAUUGAUAGUGGGCAGGGUGUGGAUCUUGGUCCUUGUGGGAAUCAGUAUCGCAUGGAUCCCAAUAGUGCAGGCUGCCCAAGGUGGGCAGCUUUUUGACUACAUCCAGUCCGUCAGUAGCUACUUGGCCCCACCGAUUGCUGCCAUCUUUCUCCUUGGAGUCUUUAUCAAAAGGGUCAACGAGCAGGGUGCCUUCUGGGGGCUGGUGGCAGGACUGGCCAUUGGCAUGGCUCGGAUGAUCCCGGAAUUCAUUUACGGAACAGGGAGCUGCCUGUUUCCCAGUUCUUGUCCCCGUCUGAUCUGUGGCGUCCACUACCUCUAUUUCUCCGUCAUCCUCUUUUCUGCUACGGCUGUUAUCACAAUGGUGGUCUCUCUCUGCACCCCGCCGAUCCAUGACAAACAUUUGCAUCGCCUAGUGUUCAGCCUCAGGUACAGUAAGGAGGAACGGAUCGAUCUGGACACCGAGGAAGAGGAGGAAGCUAAACUAAAGGAGGCUGCACGCCAGCAACAGAUAGAGAUGGCCCAAGCAAAGAAUGGAAAGCUGGAGAGCAUACUGGAAGUGGAAGAUGAGAAGACAGUGCUUCCUAUUCGCAAGCUGCGUCAAUGUCUCAACUGGUUCUGUGGGACGGGAACAAGCCAACAAGACCAGGUGGAGCCGACCCCGGAGGAGAAAGCGGAAGAGUUGCGGCGCCUGACGGACAUCUCAGAGCAUCCGGUCUGGAGGCGUGUGGUGAACAUCAACGCUUUGGUCAUGAUGGCUCUUGCAAGCUUCUUGUGGGGCUACUAUGCCUGAGUACCACCCGUUGUGGUAUCUCAUCAUAAACUAUGAUCCCUUCCCAACAAUUCUUCUGGCAUAUUGCAGACUUCAGCCUUCAGGGGACUGUGGAGGUCCCAACAUAAACUGUGACUUCCCAUGAUUUACAGAUAGAGCAUUGGAUAGAGAUGAUCAAGGUUCAAGUCUCCACUCUGGCACAAAACUCACUGGGUUAUCCUGUCUCCCUUCUAAAUCUGGCCUACCUCACAGGGUUAUUGUUACCAUAAAAUGAAAAGGAAGAGUCCCAUGUACUUGACCUUUUCAGAAGAGAUGCAGAAAAAUAAAGGCAACUAAUACAAGCAAUAAUAAAAUUAUAACUGGAAUCAAAGUGCACUGGAUUAGCUGAUGUCCACAACAUGAAAUAAUCUAAGGAGAAACUUUUACUUAUGACACCUAGGCCAAAGUGUGUCAUUAUUCAUUCUAAGGGUGUAAGUGCUCUAUUUUAAUGCUUUUUAAAGUUCCCAUAUGUCACCACCUAAUCAUCUGAUCCAAAGCUGUUAUGCCAUUCUUUUUUAUAUGAAUUCCCGGAUUUCCAUUCCUGAAUCACAUGACAAUAAAAAUGCUGUCAUUUGUUCAGUACUUUACAGAAUGCUUCAAUGCAGUUCCUUGAAUAAUACAGUGAUAUAAAAAUGCAUGUAUCAGGGGGAAAUGCCAAUUUUAUAAAAGAGCAUUAUAUUAAAAGCACCAUAUCUGUAAUCUAUGGCAAAAAAAUAUAGGAUAUAAAGACAGUAACAAACAUAGCAGGAAAAUGUGCACAGAA